GGGGCGUGGAGCAGGAGCGCGGGCCUGCGCGUGCGCCAAGCGCCGGGGCAGGGCGUGUCCCUGGUCGGUUCCCGUUGCGCCGGUGGCCGAGCGAGCGCAUCCCAGCUGCCUGCGCUGCCCCCCGCGAACAUGUCCAAGUCUCUGAAAAAGUUGGUGGAGGAGAGCCGGGAGAAGAACCAGCCGGAAGUGGACAUGAGUGACCGGGGCAUCUCCAACAUGCUGGAUGUCAGCGGCUUGUUUUCCUUAGCCCAUAUCACACAACUGGUCCUUAGCCACAACAAGCUAACAAGUCAUGCUAGCAGAGGCCAGCACCCAGAAGGAAGCAUGGUUAGGAAUGUGUGUUCCUACGGAGCUCGGGGGCUGCGUGUCCUGAAAGCACCUUUGGACGGUUUCCUGACUUUCUCUCUGGGACAUUAUUCUGUGCCCCCAAAUGUAGCAGAACUGAAGAAUUUGGAAGUGCUUAACUUCUUUAAUAACCAGAUUGAGGAGCUGCCCACGCAGAUCAGCAGCCUUCAAAAACUCAAACACCUGAACCUUGGCAUGAACAGGCUGAGCACUCUGCCGCGGGGGUUUGGUUCUCUGCCGGCUCUGGAGGUCCUGGACUUGACUUACAACAACUUGAAUGAGCGCUCCCUUCCUGGGAACUUCUUCUACCUCACCACCCUGCGUGCACUCUAUCUAAGUGACAACGAUUUUGAAAUCCUGCCUCCAGAUAUUGGGAAGCUCACAAAGUUGCAGAUACUCAGCCUUAGGGAUAAUGACCUGAUCUCGCUGCCUAAGGAAAUUGGAGAGUUGACCCAACUUAAGGAGCUUCACACUCAGGGAAAUCGCCUGACUGUUCUGCCCCCGGAACUAGCCUCUACGGCAGACACAUGCAGGCAAACCCAGAACCCCCAAAGAAGAAUAAUGACAAAUCAAAAAAGAUCAGCCGGAAACCCCUGGCAGCCAAGAACAAAUGAGGGGCUGACAUGCUGGGAGUUGGCCUCGUCUCUUGACUCUGCUGUCCUCCUGGUCUCUCUCAAAUCAAGACAAUAUGUGUGUAGCUUUCUAAAAACUUGUCACUCUCUCCUUCCAGUGCCUACCACCUUACCUUUGAAUUCUUUUAAUAGGAGGUAGGUUUUUAUAAGGUCUAAAAUUCAUUACCAUUUGUUGCCUUAAAAUUGCGAAUGGCACGAAACAAAGCUCUCAUUCUCCUGCAAGUUUCUUGCUAGGCACAGGUUUCACAGCCUUGAAUAGACAUCGCAAGGCUGCUUAUUACCAAAAGAAUAAUUAAAAUCAUGUAACCACUUAAAUGUCACAGUUAACACUUUUCAUUCUUUCUGCUUAUCACAUAACUCAUUAUUUUGCCUUAUUAAAAGUCUUCUUUCACUGCCAAGCUAUUAUGUACUUUUCACUUCCAAACGAUUUUAAUAAAAUCUUGAUUUUGUAUCACAUGUUUUUUCAUGACUACAAUAAUGAUCUGAUCUUGGGGAUAUACAUUUUUGUUUUUUCUCCCCCCCCCCAUAAGAUUACCUUUUCUAAUUUUAUUUGUUGUAGAUGAAGAUCUCUGAACCUUUCCAUGAAAGAAAUGCAAAAUUAAAUCCUACUUAGUUUCUUCUCACA